GCUGGGGAGACGCGCAAAGACAACAAGCUGAAAAAUGACCUGGGGGCUGCCAGACAAGUUAACCAGCAGCACUUUGCCUUGGGAAUCAGCGCAAGCUCUGCUGCUCACACCGCAACUCCACGACUCAGUGAUGUCAAGCAAGCUUUCGACUAUGCUGACUUGGUGCGAAUGUCCGACAAGAAGGCUCGCAGCAUCCUGGUUCAGCAUGGCUGCUUGCAAGGAAAGCUCGCGGGGAUUCGUUGCUGGCAGUGCGGGUCCAAGAUGAGCGGCGGGGGCGGUGCACUGCCAUUUCGGCUCUUCCUCUGCUUUUGCUUCUUGGUUGGAGCUCGUAUCCCUUUGGAUUCCAUGGUGGUCAUCUUACAUGAGAAGAACACAGACUUUGGACGCAAGCAAGCCGAGCGGUGGUAUGCUGUCUUGCGUUUGGCUUUGGCAUAUGCCGAGAUGAAAGAGCAGAACGAGCAAAUCUUGCAGGGAGAGAUUGUCGAGGUUCAAAACGGACGAGUUCUGGUGAUCACUGGCCGUUCCUCCAAGCAGACUGUGUUCAAACCUCUGCCCAGUAAGACACAGAAGCGUGGCGCACCUGGGGGGACAGAGAGUUUGGCCGAGAUUUUGCCACACUUGGAAAAGCAUGUCGACAAGAAGACGGCCGUGGCAUGCAGCGACGCAGGUGCCGGCCUGCGUGCAGCUUGGUCAUCGAUGGCUGUGCCUGCAGCCACUGCCCGCCACAACUUAGAUGAGUUCACGCCAGUCAAGACUUUGAGAGUCAAAGAUCUCACUCCAGGACAGCGACGAACCUUGGCCAAGAAUGCUGCUGCUAAGAAACCAGCGGCAGCGUUCACGUUGGCUGCUGAUGUGACUCUCCGUGACGCAUCGACCGACGCAGAAAGUCAACAUGUCCGCGCACGAACAGAGGUUCGGCGCGUUCUUGUUGGCCACCUCCUUACGUUUGCCUACUACCGCCUUGUGGUGAGACAGCUCCGGGAGCUGAAGGGUACACCGCCGAAGGACAUCUAUGUCACCCGGCAUGGUCAGUGUUACCGCCGGGAUGCUUUCUGUCCGUCACCUCGCAACAGCCAGCCUACGGGCAAGCCCAAGUGCCAUCUUUGCUACCCCUACACCUCGACGGGGCCGUGA